AUGAUAAUAAUGAAAUAAUAAUGACUGGGAUAUACAUUAAGGACGCCAACUUUAAAACACUUAGCUUUGUACCAAGAAAUCUCUUAUAAAAUCUCGUAUUUUAAUUGUUAAUUAAUUAAUUAAUCUUAAUUUGUCUCCUUAACCUCAUACGUAUUUUGACGAAUUUUCGUACAAAAUUAUACAAAGGAGAGCCCAAAAAAACGCGUAUUGUCAUGGAUGGUGCACCCAUCUGCGUUAACGGUAUAUGUUGGUGGGGCAUCAAAACAGGAUGAUAGGAUGAUGAAGUCAUUUAGCCCAUCGUGGCGAAUUCACCAGGAAUUCAUUAUGAUGAUUUUUGGGGAGAACAUUGUUAGCAAUGCAAGCAAUACUUCUACCGGCGAUUUGCAAUCAUAGGAGUUAAAUUUAGAGACUACAAUGCAAAAGAGGUUUCUGCUGUGGGUUUCAAAUCUGCGAUCAUCCUGUCAGUUGCAGCAAACUGUGCUUAAUAAGUAAAUAUACUGUCCUAUAUCCUAAUUUGACUAUGAAAUCUGUAGGUUACCUUAUCACUAAUAUUCUCAUAUGCCCAUACAUAGAGACUGUAUAUUAUAUAGUAAAAUAUGAAUUCUAUUUAUCUAAUGAAUAUUUUCUGCCGAUACGGUUGAGUACCGCUUUUACUUUCCUUUUGUAGUAAACAUAUAGUUCCUGUUUAUAAUGAGUAAAAGAAUGGCUAAUCGUGACUGCACCUCUAUCCUUAAGUACGAUAUUCACUUGCAUGCGAUCUAACUGUAAUUCAAGAAAACUAACCUCCAACCAUGCGCGCACGCCGAUAAAGCACGAAUUGAUUGUUACUGAAAUUUAUACAGUCGACUAAUAUAUUAAAACCGGUCGUCCGUGAGUGAAAUGUGGGACUGAAUGGUCCUCAAUGCGCACGCAAACUCAUCUGUAAUUAUGCUUUUCACACAUACGUAGCUGAACAUGAAGACCAACGCGUGGUGGAAUCGGCAACAGAUAUGUGUCUCGCUUUUUGCCGUACAUUUUAUCGGAGAAAUUCACUUGGAAAAUGGUUCUCGAUCAUUUUCAAGUUCAGUUACGUAAGUACGCGUGUGGAGAAUUAGUGCGGAAUAGCGGAUGUUUGGUGGUGCUCGACGGCGAAGUGGCACACAGUUAUAAGCUCUCACCCGCUCCACUGCCCGUCAGUUGCCUCUAGACCACCCUUGUACACGUAGAUUUUGUUUUUUUUUUUUGUGCAGUGUGUGUAAUUUGUAAUAACACAAACAUGUGCAACUCAUUUCGGAUAGCCGUCGUGUCAGUUAUCUAUGUGGUUAUCGCCUCCGGUCAUGUACAUGGACCCAGGAGAUCCCGUGUAGCAAACAUGGAGGAUUAUGCCCAGAAUGAAGUAGACAGCGGAAGAUCCGAUGAGGGCUCUUGGUGGCCCACGGCCGAAUUUAGCGUCUUACAAAAAGUUUAUGACGAUUGCAGUGAGAAGAAACAGUUCACAAUGUGUCUUAAAGGCAAGGCUUUAACGGCUCUGACACGAGCAGUCGAGAUGGAGAGCGUGCAGCUCGCGGAUGGGUUGACGUUAGUAAAGCAGGCUGACGCGCCCUCUGCGAUAUCGGAGCCUCGUUUCUUUUCUGGCAUGUCUACAGAAGAAAAGAUCGAUACCAUGUUGCGUUCUAAAUUCGAGCAGUUGAUGAAUACUCACACUGUGUCUAUGGAUUUGGCUUCUGAAGGUAGAGGUAGAGGUAAGAAGGUGAUGCCUUAUUUAUUGCUUGGAAUCUUCACGACUCUGAGCAUAGUGGGAGGUAUGGCUCUGAAGACUUUGGCUGCAAUUGCUGGCAAAGCCCUUAUCGCCAGUAAGGUGGCUUUGACGAUUGCUGGAAUAAUCGCUCUCAAAAAGCUAUUUAGUCACGACGGCAGCCAAGGUGAAACAACAUUCCAAGUACACGCAGAUGGACACCAUAGGCGGAAUCUUUAUGUGGUGAGGCAAGCGAAGCCCGGCGCAAUGGAUCCUUACCGGUAUUAUUCGGAGCAGACGACCGCGAGCGCGUAACCUACGCGACUCUAGUCGCCUAGACACGGCGCGGACUCCUCCUGCAAUCAUCAGAAUCUGGUGAUAACAUUGGAUGACUCCGCCGCGCCGGCACCUUACACAAAAAUAACCUCAAACCAAAGUACUGUUCAUAUUGUGAACAUCUCUCUUAGACGAAUCGGUCGUCCGUUCUCAACUUAAAAUCUAUGUCAAUAAAUUAUUUAAUGUAAAUUAUUUAUUUAUGACUGCGGUUGUACUAUGUAUUAUAUAAUUUAUU